ACGCUUCUCUUCAGAAACAUUCAUCCGAGGGGUCCCUUCCAUUUAAUACGGCCACUUAUUCAAUAGACCCCGUAAUGAUACCCAAAACUGAUCCGGAUGCUAAUUCUCGCCCGCGGAAGAAGGCGCGUGUGGAGGAUAUGCCCGUGGUGAAAUCAUCCAAGACUCUUAAGAGAAAGGCAGAACCCAGGACCCCAGACGCGGCCGAAAAUACGGAAAUGGGUCUCACUCGGAUCUUGAAGAUUGAACAUACGGUGCGGAAAUUGCAGGAUACAUUAAAAAACUUGAUCAGCGAGGCGCCCACUGCGACGGAGCUCGCACGAUACGUGCAAGGCCACGGUGGUGAGGACGAGGUGCUCAUCACGCUUGCGCGCAAUAACACCGUGAAAUUAGCGGCGAGCUUAAAGACUAUGCAUGACGAGGGGAAAUUGAACUUGUUUGACCGUAUCAUCACGUUUGAUGAUGCUAGCCAGGUCCGCGCGGUGGAAGGUGAGGCGGUACCGGAGUUGCACGCUGAGCUGGCUGCAUGUGUGCCGACUCUCGCCGCCGUAAUGGAAUUUGACAGUGUAUCGGGACUCCCACCUAUCCCACCGAUCCACGACCAGCAUUUGCGCGCGCGCGUCUUUAUGCACAAGUCGGUGGUGAGCGCGCGCGGAUACCUUUCGAAAGAGGAGAUGCUCGCGACGCACAACGAACGAUUGGAGUUCCUUGGCGAUUCCGUCAUGAACAACGUCAUUACCAUUCUCAUCUACGAGCGCUUUCCGUACAUGAAUGAGGGUGACAUGUCUAAGCUCAGAACACUGCUUAUCUGUAAUGAAACGUUAACUAAGUGGGCGCUCGACUAUGGGCUCGACAAGGAGUUGAAGAUCAACAUUCCCGAUGCGACGCUCCGGUCCGGGAAAAUGAAGAUCUUUGCAGAUAUUUUCGAGGCAUACAUCGGUGCGCUCGCGCUCCAAGAAAACUAUGAUACCACUGUCAUCAAGCGCUGGCUCUCACAAUUGGCCGACGACGCGCUUGCACAGAAGCAGGACACUAUCCAGAGCGUCGAAAAAGUCGACACCAGCUCUAAGGGGGAGUUGUAUGCCUUGAUUGGGUCGGCCAAGAACCCCCCAGAGUACAUUGCCACGACCACUGGUGAUGGCUACCGAACGCCGUUUGUGGUGGAGUGCCGCGUACAAGGCGACUUGUUGGGUAGAGGUGAAGGAAACAAUAUGAAGGAUGCGGGCUUCCGCGCAGCGCUGAGUGCGUUGCGCAACAAGCCAAUGAUCGAGAAGUGGAGUUUGAUUCGGCGCCAGACGCCACGCGCGGAGACAGGCAUUUCCGACGAGCGUAUAGCCAAGACCUUGCCACGACCGGUCAAUGUUCUGGGAGCGAGUGGUUUUCCGGGGGUGGUCUCUUCCCCGGCUGGGAAUAAGAGUCUGUUGUUGCCUCCGCGGAAGACGGCCUCAUUGUUGCCUCCACGGAAGAUUGCGGUUGCACCCGUCGCCUCCAUCCUGGCUACAAAACCCCCAGGUACUACCAAGAUGACAGCUCCAUCCUCGACUGAAACUCAAGCCCCAGUCACACAGACAUCAAGGGAGACUUCCACUGGGUUUGACUCUAGUGUCGACACGAAGCUUCCCAUCGUUACGUCCUCGGAUGAAAAAGUACCGUGCAUCUACCGCGAACGUCUCUAUGCGCUCUUGGGCAAGAAUAGGAUCGGUUCGAACUACGAAAUUGUCGCUAUCAACGAGGGGUUUAAGGCUGACUUGUAUGUUAAGGGGAUGUUGGUUGCUUCGUCGCUCGACAUCAGUAAGAAGAAAGCUGGCCACAGGGCUGCCAAGGCGUUUUUAGACGCCUUAAAGAGCGAUGCAAAGCUCGCCGCCAGUGUGGGGAUCGUCGAGAAGUGAGGUGUAAUGAAUUAGGCAUUUUUAUUAGACUAGGAAAGUAGUUUUCUACGUAGCGCAACGAGAUUGUGUGGCUGAAGCAGUCGUAAAGAUAAGCUUCCGAAACUCGCCGUUUGUCGACGAAAUGCGCUUAAUGACCAAACACAUGCCAAUUUAAUGGUAUAUGUCAUAGAAAUGUUGGAGAUUAUUUUUCCAGUAUCAAAAGCAUGGCCCAAUAGAAAUAUAUCCCAAGAAAGCGAAAACAUGA